AUGUUGAAGUCACCCCCAACAGACGACGUCCUACAGCUUCUCGACUCUGUAAAAAUCCCUUGCCUUUUUGUAACAUUUGCAUCAGGUCGAGUGCCCCCUGGUCUGUUCUCCCGACUUACCCUAUUUUUCCUCCAGUUGUGUAGCGAAGAAUGUUACAGCGAAAUAAGCCCACAUUUGUUUUAUAAUUUUGCCAUGUUUCGCAUUCUUCCAGAACAAGGUAUCUCCGUUAUUUUUUGGUACCAUUCCUCAUCCAUCGAGGUCGCCGUUUACAGCGGAGACGAUGACCAGAUAAGAGCAGAUAUAUCUCGUACUGUUCGCUGGAAAUUGAGGUUUGUAUUCGAAUGCAUGCGGAAAGAGUUUCACUGGCUCAAGAACGUGAAGUACGAUAUGUGUGUCUGCUGCCCAGUCUGUUCUCAACCAGGGUCGGUCAAAUGUCACGAACAUAGCGUACGUGGAUGUGAAUGUCUACACUUCCUGUCAGAAUCUGAUUUGAAAAAGCCGCAACUUUGCAACAGACGCAGCCUUCUUGGGGAUUGCAGGAUUCGGAUCCAGCAGUUCGAAUGUUGGUUCUCAUUUGGAGAAGAAGAGAAGAGUACCGGAACAUCAACGAAUCAGGUGCAAGCUCUUCAUGCAACGCGUCACAGAGGCCCUCUCGAUGAGAAGGGAAUAUUUUCCGUGGAAGCUUUGUUAUUUCAAGGAUCGAAACGGAAAGAUCUUGUGCUGCCCGAGAGUGUCAAAUCUUCCAUUCAGUCCAUUCCGCUCCAUUCAGCAAUUGAUGUUAAGGAUAUUGUGAUUCAGUUUCGAGAAGCUCUGCAAGUGGAACUAGCAUCUUUUACCAGCCCAGAGCCAGAGACGAAAAAUAUGAUUCGUGGCCUUGCCUUGAGAGCUAAAUCUGAGAAAAGGGAUGACUUGGUGAGGUACUUACGAGAAAUCACACCUGCUGGUACUACUGGGCCGUUGUUGAAUGAGGAUAUGUCACGCCAGUUUAUAAAACAGCAUGAUACGUUGUUCUCCGUUGGUGGAGAAGAGUGGAAGCUGUUGGCAGAAAGGCUGGGUUUCUCUCAAAUUGUUAUUCGCUUUCUAGACAAGAGGGUUGUAAAUCCUUCUGACGUUGUCCUCAGCACUGUGGGAAAGCAUCGCCACCUGAGUGUUGGAGAGAUCUAUGACACGUUGGUCGACUGCGAGCUACCAGUUGUUGCAGAUCUAAUAUAAAUAAGAAAAUGAACACCGAAGGCAAACGACACCACACGAAGCAGAAGCGAAAAGCAAGGUAGCGGCAGAAGACAUUUUCAAAAGGUACACGGAACAACAAGUUUUCCUGAGUUCUUAGUCGAAGGAUAUGUGCGUUCAGAUGUAUCGGUCAUCAUUUUAACAGAUUUAUGGUAACUUGCAAUUGCACGUUUAUAAAGUAAGGAAUAUAAUUUCAAUGUCGAUUGUAUUUGAAAUUAAGCGUCGUUGUCUUAGCGAGUAUAGUACACAGGUUUUCGUCCUUUAGUUUAUAUAUAUUGGAUGUUAUUCUAGCUUUUUCAUUUUAUUUUUUAAAUCUUUGAAUAGUUGUUUUUUGUUAAUUGAUUUCCAUUUAUAACAUUGUUUACUUUACAAACAAUAGUCUUGAUAUCAGAAGUUAGCCAAGGCCAAAAGCAGAGCUUGAGGGUUUUUUUUCCAUGUUUAAGUAAUGGUAGUGUAUGGGAAAACAUGGGUAAUGAAGGGUAUUUUCGUAGUGGUGAGAGCAGGCUUUACCGUGACAUGGAAAUAUAUUUACCAUAGAUGUAGACACUAUAUUUUUGGUGCUGAUUUCUGUCUUUCUGAAUGUUUUGCUCAAGUAAUCAAAGGAACCAGAAAAACGAAGAUUUAUUAUAUUGGAAUAUUUUUUACAACACAAUAACUGAUAUUCACGUUGCAGGGAAGAGAUUUGAUCUUCCGCUAAAGAAUUUGAAUAAAGAACAUUCAAGUCUAGUUUGAAAUGUAAUCGUAGCCAUUCAGUGUUUCUUUCUGAUUAACAUUGACAAACUUUCUUGAACCGUGGUGCUCGAAUGAAAUGACAAGGUUUUCUUGUACAAGUAACGUUUCUGUAUUGGUAUCCAGUUUUCAUACUUUCUUGUUAAAUGCACUGUGAAAAAACAAUGAUUUCGUGGAUCGAUGUAAGAAUAAGACAGUUUUCGUUUCGUAAAGAAAAACAUCAGAUUAACCAUAAUGGUUGCGUUUACCCAUUUAUACCUCUGGGUAGAGAAAAACGUUUUCAGAGUGAAGUGCACUAUGGAAGAAAAAUGAUUCCUUGUAGUUAGUACUGCACACCACAUAUAUUCGACUCCCGGCUGUGCAUCAAUUAUUUUAGAGUAUGACUAGCAACACAUCUUAUCUUACGCUUGACCUAUAUGUAUGCCAUGCAUGUCAAUGUCAAUUCAAAGUAA